AUGACGAACUCAACUGAACAUAUCAAAGAAACAUUUACACCAACUUCAGAUCAAAAUAAAAGUAUAUUAGCUCGAAAUUAUCAAACAGAAUUAAUGGAACAAGCAAAAGGAGAGAAUUUAAUUAUAUGUCUUCCAACUGGAAGUGGAAAAACUUAUAUUGCUGUGAUGCUUAUCAAAGAGAUGGCAUCUUCUAUUCGUGAAAGUCUGAAAAAAGGUGGAAAACGAACAAUUUUUCUUGUUCAAACUGUUCAACUUGCUCAACAACAAACGGAUUAUAUUCGAAAACAUACUGGUCUUCUUGUCGAGUCUUAUUAUGGUGAAAAAGGAGUUGAUCUCUGGCAUAAAGAACGAUGGGAUAUAGAAUUUGAAGAUCAUCAAGUAUUAGUAUUUACCGCUCAAGUUUUUCGUAAUCUAGUUGGUCAUGAUUAUUUCUCAUUAAAAUCUGUUAAUUUAAUUAUAUUUGAUGAAUGUCAUCAUGCAUCCGGUGAUAAUCAUUAUGCAGCAUUAAUGAAUAAACAUUAUGAUGACUGUCCUGAUCCUCCACGUGUACUUGGUUUGACAGCAUCGAUUACAAACAAAAAAAUUAAACGUAAAGAUUUAAUGAAGCAUGCGCAAAAUUUGAAGGAAACAUAUCGUGCUGAAAUUGUAACUCGAGAUGAAAGUAUUCAACAUGGUACUUCAGUUAAUGUGGAAACAAUACCAUGUCCAAGUUAUAAAGAUGAAAUAUUAAAGAAGAACGAAAGUUUAAUAAUUCCAUUUGAUGUAAGAUGA